ACAGACAUCAUGUUACAUAAAAUGCUUUCCCUUCUGUCUGCUUUCCUUCUUCUCCUUUGCAGGUGAACUGCUCUUCAAGAUCUGGAUGGCUCAGAACAACAAGCACUACAGUCUGGGAGGGGAAUACCAAGAGCGGCUGCAGAUUUUCCUCCGAAACAAGCAUCGGAUUGACAAGCACAAUGCUGGAAACCACACUUUCCAGAUGGGACUGAACCAGUUUUCAGACAUGACCUUUGCUGAGUUCAGGAAGAAGUUCCUCUGGCAGGAACCCCAGAACUGCUCCGCCACCAAAGGGAACUUCGUCCAUCGCAACGGCCCCUAUCCAAGUGCUAUCGACUGGAGGAAGAAGGGGAAGUUUGUAACUCCCGUGAAGAACCAGGGCCCCUGCGGCAGCUGCUGGACCUUCUCCACCACUGGAUGCCUGGAGUCGGCCAUCGCCAUUGCCUCCGGGAAGCUCCUAGAGCUGGCCGAGCAGCAGCUGGUGGACUGCGCUCAAGCCUUCAACAACCACGGAUGCAGCGGGGGCCUCCCCAGCCAGGCCUUUGAAUAUAUUCUCUACAACCAGGGGCUCAUGGAUGAGGACUCCUACCCUUACCAUGCACAGAAUGGCACUUGCAAGUUCCAGAGAGAGAAGGCUGUUGCCUUUGUCAAAGAUGUGGUCAACAUCACGCUGUAUGAUGAGCAAGGCAUGGAGGAAGCCGUGGGGAGGUACAACCCGGUGAGCUUUGCCUUCGAGGUGACAGAGGACUUCAUGCACUACCAGAAGGGUGUUUACUCCAACCACCAGUGCGAUCAAUCUCCAGAGAAAGUGAACCACGCAGUGCUGGCCGUGGGAUACGGGGAGGAGGAGGGAAGCAGCCUUCCUUACUGGAUUGUCAAAAACUCCUGGGGGCCCUUAUGGGGCAUGGAUGGGUACUUCUACAUCGAACGAGGGAAGAAUGCCUGUGGCCUGGCAGACUGUGCCUCCUACCCGGUGCCUCUUGUUUGAACCCAGAUUUCAGAGGGCAAAGAGUCUAUGAAGCUGGACCUGAAUGGAGAGAGAGAGUGCACCUCUCCCAGACUCCUAGACUUGGAAGGGACCUCCAAAGGCCAUCCAGUCAAUCCCCUUGCCAUAAAAAUUGCACAAUCAAAGCCAUCUCUUUCCUGGAGAAGCCCCUUCUUCUCUGUACUUCAUUCUCCCCUCCCUGGAUUGUAAUGGGCUGAUGAAUCCGCUUUGGGCUUUCUGGGUGCAUCUACAUGGUAGAACUAAUGCAGUUUGACACCACUUUAAUUGCCAUGUCUCAAUGCUAUGGAAGCCUGGGAGUUGUAGCUAGAAGCAAAGGGUUGAAAGAAACCCUAAGGGUCAUCUGGACCAACCUCCAUAUAUGUAUGUCUAAGUCUAUCUCUAUAUAUCUAUCGAUCUGUCAUCUAUCUAUCUAUCUAUCUAUCUAUCUAUCUAUCUAUCUAUCAUCAUCAUCAUCAUCAUCAUAGAAUCCUACAGUUAGAGGGGACCCCAAAGGUCAUCCAGACCUACCCCCAUAUUUCUCUCCCUCCCUCCCUCUCCCUGUCUCUCUCUUAGAAACCUAUAGUUAGAUGGAACCCCAAGGGCAUCCAGACCAACCCUCACAUGUAUGUAUGUAUGUAUGUAUUUAUGUCUAUCG